UUUGCUUUCCAUUUGAAACUUGCAUUGUUAACUAGUGCAUUGUUAAAUGUGUGAGUGCAUGAGUUUGAUAAAUUCAUCUUCUAAAACACAUUAUUUAUUUUAUUACACUUUUUAAAGUACUUAUUUAAAUGAGAUUUUUUUAACAAGUACAAUGGACUAAAUUUGUGAAAACUGAGAAAAAAAAUACAGUGUUUAACAUGUUUUUUUUUAAGCUGAGAUUUAUUUUGAUUAUAUUUUGUUAAACUCUACAAAAGCUGAGGAAGUUGAACAGCAGGUAAGUUAAAUGUAGUAUGGUUGCCUUAGAAAAGUUCUUUUCUGUAUGUCCACAUCCAUCAUCAGGUACUGUGUAGAGCCUUCAGUACCUGUAAUUAAAUACAAAAAUAUGGAAGAGCUUUCUUAUUUCUGUCAUGUGCAAUUCAAAUCCAGCCACUGAGGUCUUUUAAAAAGACUGACUAUUAGGAAAGGGAGACACUAGUGACUUUAUGAAGGAGGAAGUCGUUUGCCUAAUGAAGAUCAGGUCACACCACAUAAAGCUUUUCCAACUCUGCUUACGGAUGCUGCUGCUUGCUUUUAGACAGUUCCCUGAAACCACUUUACAAAAUGCCUGCUCUGCUGAGGUAGUGCCCUCUAACUCAUUUGCCUUCCAAGGAGCCUUUUCUUUUGCUGUAUAUAACUAGGCUUCUAGUUCUGGCCUUGGAUUGUGGUAGGAGGCCCAGACAUUGUUAAUGUAACAUGAGAAGGUUAAGAUGGAUCAGAGAAGAGGUCAAGAGUGCAGAAGUGAAUGGUUAUUUUGUUGAGAAGAAAAUGCUGUUAAAAUAGUAGACAGUACAUUUCUAAAUAUGUAAAUAUAACUUUCCUUUACUUCUUUGGUUACUUAAAUUUUGUUUUCAUGCAUUCUACUACAGAACAUUUUAUUAGUUUGUUUAGUAUCUUGAGCAGCUUGCACAGUAUCUGUGCAAUGGAAAUGAAAUUGUAUGUGCUGUAUACUUCUUACCCUAAAUGACAAAUACAGGAUUUCCUGUUUGAUUUAAUGCUAUAUUAUUUUUCUUUUCCUAAGGCUGCAGCACUUUGAUAAUAUUUUUGAUUAUACAUAUAUUUGAUAAAUGUUAGUAACCUGUCUCUGCUUCCAGUACAUGGCUUCAGUUUGUUGUUUUAUUAUGGAUUGAAAAGGUAAUUUUGUAUGUAUCUGUUCAAAAUAGUUUAAUUGAUAAAGUAAACCAACAUGCUUAGCAUAUUGUUUCUCUGAAAGCUGCUGGUUAUCUUUUGUGGUGUGCAGUUCUUCAGAAAAUGUCUUAUAAAAGGGUCUUUCUUACAGUAGGAAAUCAGUUUGUUUUAAUGCUAUAACAGACCUUUUAGGUAUUGCUUUUUGUUACUUUCCCUGUGAAUAAGAUUUUUUGUUGUUUUUGUUUAUUGCUUUUUAAAAAAAAUCUGGGUAAUAUUUAAAGUGAGAUAAUCAAGUAUUGGUAAGUGUGCUUUACCACCUUCUUUGUGGGAAGAGUGGGAUUUUUAUUUUGCACUGCUGUAUCAUUCAAGUGUAAAAUGUUCAUCUGUUUGAAUACUUGUCUGAAACUUUUUUCUAAAUGUUUUACUCAAUAUUCAAUCUAUAUUUCAUGUGAAGAAUUUGUUACAGCCCCAUUGUCAACAUCAGGUUUUUUUUACAUUCACAUUCUUUCAUUUGUAAUGAGCUGUAAUCCAAGCAAAAUCCAGACUCUAAUAGCACAAAUAACUAUUGUAGCCUUAAACUGAAUUCUGGAAUGCAUUGCAUCUUUCUAAAAAUUUACUUUACAAAGUCCAAGGACAUAGCUGUAGUCCUGUACUUUUACAUUAAAUGACAGCCCAAUGUCGUGCAGCAAGUCAUUGAGAAGCUUUGGGUUCUGUUACAAAAUUUCAUUCCUAGAUCUGCUAUCAUAUUCUCUUAGUCUUGCUUGCCCUUGAAAUAAAUACUCAAAAGUGUUGAUGGUUGCUUCCAUUAUUAACAUUUUUUUAUUUCUUUUAGGUUUAAGUUUGGCACUUUACAGAAACAGCACAUUUUGGACCUGGCUCUCUAUAGGCAUGCAUUUAAAAAAAGUUGUUUUCCUUUUUUUGUCAUGGUAACUUGAUCCUUACUUAACUGUUCCAGAGCACUAUUGCUUUCUCCCAUUACUGCUGUACAAGACUGGUUUGCUUUAGUGGAACUCAUUAAGGUAGUUCUUAAAACAGCUGACUGUUCAUUUCAAAAAUGUUUUUUCCUCAUUGUUACAAGUGUUCCUAGAAAUUUAUAUGAUGUCCUUUAAAUUAGAAUUUGCUUUAAAUUGCUUGUUAUCUACUUACUACGACAGGAUUUCACUGAUGCUGAAAGCACUCCUGUGUCUCCAGACUGCAGGCAUUGGUUCUAGGAUAGCAUAAAUACCCUCUCUGAAGAAUAUACUUAUAUAUAUAUGUGCCAAAACCAGCUAAAAUAUUUUGAUUCCCCUUCAAACCUACAAAAUUUCACAGUAGUAAUUAAAAAUUCUUCAUUUUAACUACUUGUUUCUGGGUACUGUUUUUAUCAGUAUAUCAUUCUUAGAACUGGAAAUGUGUUCUUAAGUGAAGUCCCCAAGAAAGAGUUGAUAUUUCACCUAAUGGAGAGUCACAGCAGAGCUAUAUAUAAUGUCUAAAAAGCUGUGUUGUGUCAGGAAAAAUUAGGAAAGACUUGCAGUAGGAAAACAGGGAAGGAAAAGAAUUGCAAACACAUAGGUUACUUUGUGUGCUUUUGAAGGGUAGCAGUACAGAAGAAAUCAGAGGAAAAGAAUUUUUUUUAAAUGUUGCAGAUAAAAUGAAAGGUGAGUGAUUUGAUAUUGCUAUGGACUCUAAUGCAGUGGGUUCACUGGAUAAUACCUGAGUAGUGAUUGGGUGGGGAGCUUCAUCAUUCUGUUUAAUCCAGCUCCUGUUAUCUCUGCCCUGGUGGCUGAUGGAGGAUCACAGAGGCUGCCCCUGCUCUUAGGCACUGCAAGUUGAAUAUGUGGGGAGGAAAUUGGAGGUGCCUGUCUCCUUUUGCUGUAGGCACUGUUAUAGUGAGACUGCUGAAGAUGUCUUCUUUAAAGUUCAGGCUUCUAUGAGUGCAUUCUGCAGAGAUCAGCACUUGAUUUUGUCAGUUAUAGAGCUACCUGGUUAGGAGUUAAUUUGUGUGUCAGCUUUAUGCACGUAUGUGAGCUAUAUUUUGAAAUGAUAAUAUUUACAAUUAUUUUAAAGGAACAUUUGUUUCUUUGAUACUAACCCGUUAUUUAUCAAGAUCAUCCUUUGGAUGAAAUUGACUUUGCAUGUGAAGAGCCAUUCUCAUAUCUCUGAUUUUUCUGGCUAAAAUGUGGUUAAUUUCCUUCCAAGAAUUUUUGGCAUUUGAAUCUGUUUUGUGUACUCCAGAUGCAAUAUUCAUUGUUGCUUUUCAGUUAUUUGACAGGAAUGGCAAUGGAGAAGUAACAUUUGCAAAUGUCAAAGAGAUAUUUGAACAAACUCUUAUUCAUCUUCAAAUCCCGUUCAACUGGGACUGUGAGUUUAUUCGACUGCAUUUUGGACAUAACAGGAAGAAGCAUCUUAACUAUUCAGAGUUCACUCAGUUUCUGCAGGAGCUGCAGUCAGAACAUGCAAGACAAGCCUUUGCAUUGAAGGACAAAAACAAAAGUGGUCUGAUAACUGGGCUGGACUUCAAUGAGAUCAUGGUUACCAUUCGCUCCCAUAUGCUAACUCCAUUUGUGGAAGAAAAUUUAGUUUCAGUAGCUGGUGGAACUGUAUCACAUCAGGUCAGCUUCUCCUUUUUCAAUGCAUUUAAUGCCCUUUUGAAUAACAUGGAUCUUGUUAGGAAGAUAUACAGUAAUAUAGCAGGUACAAGAAGAGAUGUUGAAGUCACAAAAGAGGAAUUUACACACUCUGCAAUCCACUUUGGACAAAUUACACCACUGGAAAUAGAUAUUCUCUACCAACUUACAGACUUAUACAGUGUUACUGGGCGCUUAACUUUGGCAGAUAUUGAGAGAAUAGCACCACUGGCUGAAGGUGCAUUGCCUUAUAACCUGGCAGAGCUUCAGAGGCAGCAAUCUUUUGGAGAAUUAGGCAGACCUAUUUGGCUCCAGAUAGCUGAGUCAGCUUACAGGUUCACUUUAGGCUCAGUUGCUGGAGCUGUUGGUGCUACUGCAGUGUAUCCCAUAGACCUGGUGAAAACUCGUAUGCAGAACCAGCGCACCACAGGUUCAGUCGUAGGAGAGUUGAUGUAUAAAAACAGCUUUGACUGCUUUAAAAAGGUUUUGCGUUUUGAAGGCUUUUUUGGUCUUUACAGAGGCUUGUUACCACAGCUGAUAGGUGUUGCUCCAGAAAAGGCUAUUAAGCUAACUGUUAAUGACUUUGUCAGAGACAAAUUUACCAAGAAAGAUGGUUCCAUUCCAUUCCCUGCAGAAGUCCUUGCUGGAGGCUGUGCAGGAGGUUCCCAGGUCAUCUUCACUAAUCCUCUGGAGAUCGUAAAGAUUCGGUUGCAGGUAGCAGGAGAAAUCACUACAGGACCCAGAGUCAGUGCCCUCUCUGUUAUAAAAGAUUUAGGCUUUCUUGGUCUUUAUAAGGGUGCCAAAGCAUGUUUCCUCAGAGACAUUCCCUUUUCUGCAAUCUACUUUCCGGUUUAUGCUCAUAGUAAACUGAUGUUUGCUGAUGAAAGUGGCCAUGUGGGAGGGCUUAAUCUCCUUGCAGCUGGAGCCAUUGCAGGUGUGCCUGCUGCUUCUUUGGUAACCCCUGCUGAUGUCAUCAAGACAAGACUGCAAGUGGCAGCUCGAGCUGGUCAGACAACAUACAGUGGAGUUAUUGACUGCUUCAGAAAGAUUCUAAGGGAAGAAGGCCCCUCAGCUUUGUGGAAGGGAGCUGGAGCUCGUGUGUUCAGAUCUUCACCCCAGUUUGGUGUUACUUUGGUCACUUACGAGCUUCUGCAGAGAUGGUUGUAUGUUGAUUUUGGAGGCCUCAAACCCGCUGGAUCAGAAUCUACCCCAAAAACACGAAUUUCAGAUCUUCCUCCUGUUAACCCUGCACAUAUAGGAGGAUACAGACUUGCUACAGCUACGUUUGCUGGUAUAGAAAAUAAAUUUGGUUUGUAUCUUCCAAAGUUUCGACCUUCUGCCACCACCUCAGCUCAAGCACACAGUAGUAGCUGAGUCCUGAAAAGAGGUUUCAAAUGAACAAAGUGAUGCAGUGGAAAGAGUUCACAAGAGUACUGCUGUAUUAUUUUCCAGUCAGCUGCAUGUGUUCUAGCUGAACUGAGCUUGCAAAUAUAAUUGCUCCUUUCAAAUAUUCAUACAUACCUGCAUUUAUUUAUUUGCACACAAGGAACUGAUUGAAGCUGUGGUUCUCUGCCUUGUUCUAACCAGUGGCAUGAAACUGUAGCCUAGACUUUGCCUUGCACAGCUUGCAUUUAAUGUUACUGUACAUAUUGUACAUCUUUGUACAGAGACAUCAGGGCAUCUAUACACGUACAUUUAUAUAAUGGGUAUUGCAGUUUAAAAUAGUUUGAAAUGUACAGAUGUUUUGAAGGUGUUUUGUUAACAUCGUGACAAUAAAAUGUUUAAAAAUG